AGUCUAAAUUAGUUAACCCUAGGGUAUAAUUGUGUUUUACCAUUCAUUAAAAGUGAGGGUAAAAGUGGUUAGUGUAAACAUGCAAAGUGGUACUAUGAAUGUGCUAUUUGUGGCAAUUUCGCAAAAAAACAAAGAUUAAUGUUGUUUAUGUAAUGCUUAUUAAAUUUUAUUGUUUUGUUUUUCCCCUCUUUAGCCACUAAUGUCACCUAAUCAUGUUCAUUUAAAAUCUCUAUCAUAUUUCAGUUUGUUUUUCCAAACAUUUAGGUUUACAAAAUUAUAUAUCACAUUGAAAUCAUAUCUAAUUUUUACUUGCUUGGUUUGGAUAACUAGAAUUUUCAUGUUAUUUGGUUUUUAACCAUAAACAAUGGUUGUUUUUUUUUUAUAUAAAAUUACCUAUUUUAUUUUACAUGGUUAGACGAUGGAUUUACUAAAAACAUAGAUUGUACUAAUUUAAUGUUGGUAACAAAAUUAUUAUAUUUUAUGUGAACCCAAAUUGUAUUAUUUACACAGAGUAAUUGCAAAAUAAAGGAGUUAUAAAUAAUUAAAAAUAAGAAAGCAACAGUUAUGACAAAAAAAAAUUAUUUUUCUAUAAAUAAUGAUAAGAAAAAUGUUGUUAUUUUUAUAAUAUUAUUCAUCAGUUCGAUAUUAGUGGCUUGAUACCCGUAACUAGUUACAAGAUAAUCCCAAUUUGAAAAUCCAUGAUCAACGAUUUGACUUCACUAUAUAUUGUUUCUUUGAAGCCGACUUAAGGAACUAUUUGAAGCUAUAGGGGCAUCAGAUUUUUCUUCGUAGAAGUGAAAAUUGUGAGCUACUUAAAAGGGUAUCUGAGAAACCGCAAAAUAUCUAUUGCAUUAUAAUAAAAAAAUACUUUUAUAUAACCUAAGAGUAACUAAAUACAAUUUGGUUUGAAUCAGGUUAAUCAUAGGGUGUUAAAUUAAUACUUGACUUUCUAUUUCUAAAGUUUAUGUGUUACAUAUACAAAUCGACUUUGAUCGAAGUAAAAAAUAGAUAAAGUGACUUUCAUUAUAACUAGAACGUAAUCUUUUAAUUUGAAAUGUAACAUUUUUAUUUCACAAGUAUUAAAUUUGUUAGUUCUUUAUUAAUGCAUACAUACAUUUUAAAAUUGCAAUGAAUUAAAAUAAGUAAGCUAAUUGAAAGCCAAAAAAUAUUCAAAAAAAGUAUUUCAGUCAAAGUGAUAAAUAUUCUCAAACAAUUAACAAAAAAUUAGUCAAACCUGCAAAGAGUCACUAAUUAGUAGUUUUAUGAUGUAUGGGAAAAUCUUAAACAAACUAACACACGUUUAGUAAAAAACUCUAGAGAAUUUAUUACUUUGAUUUAUGGUAGAAGGUUGAAUAACCAUAUUGCAUUACUAUGGUAAGAAAAUUAAACAAAAGAUAAUAAUUAUGGUAGAAAAUUCAAAACAGAUAUACUAUAAAUAUAUAUCUGAGUAACUGAGUCAAGAUUUCAUAUGUAUCUUUUCAUCUAACAAUAUAUAAUUGGGACUAAAGUGUGAGUUCAAUAAAGCAUUUUCUGUAAGCUAUUAAGGUACACAUGCAAAUUUUAUAAUAAACGUAAUCACUAAUUAUAAUAGUUCAUACUCAGAUUUUUAUACUGUAUCACCAUCAAUCAUAAAAUAUAUCUAUCUUUGUCAUAAUAUGCCUUGUUUUGAAAUUAUAUUUUAUUAAUUUACAUUAAAUAAUUCAAAUUCCAAUUUUCAUAUUUUCUAAGUUCUCUAAAUAGUAAAAAGUGUAAUCAUAAAAAACAUGUAGUUAUAUGUUUUUAGAACUGUGAUUUUCCAUUUCUAUCGUGUUACAAAAUUUAAGAUUGCAUUUAAUCUUUUGUUGCGUUUAUAUUAGCUCUCGCAAUUGUUUAAAAUAAUGAUAUAUUUUUUUUACUCUCUUGAAGUAUCAAUUUCUGAAUACAUCAGAAGUUUACAAAAGCAUUAACUAAUAAUUUUUUAAAAAAAAUUAUUGACUUCAAAUUAGUUAAUGCAAUUUUGGAUCUCUUUGAUUAUCCAGUUUACAUUAAAAAAAAAGACAAUUUCUUGUUUAUUUUGAAUAAAUAUUGGGAGUUCUAAAUCUUAAAUUUUUUAAUUAUAUUUAGUAAAAUUGUAUAGUCAGUUUUUUGCAACUAAGUGAUGUUACUCAAAGUAUUAUUUUGGAAUUUACAGGAAAUGAUGUCAAAAGAUAUGGCUAAAAUAAAUCGAGAUAUGCUAAUGAUAAGGGAUGAUCAGGCUCCUAAAGUUGGAGCUAGCUUGAGCCAAUCUAAACGAAGGAAGAUUUCAAUUGUUGGCAUUAAACCCAACAUACCUGACCUGAAUGUGAAACCUUGUUAUGAUUCCGAUGAAGAAGAAAAAGGAGAAAUUACAAAAAUAUUUCAGAAUCUUGCAGGUUUAAAAUCUCAUGAUGGAUGUUAUGUUCAUCAUAAGCUUUUGUACGAGCUUGAGGUCGAGAUCUUUGCUCGUCUUCCAUGCUUCGAAUACUGGAAACUGCAAUUUCUUAACAAGAAACUUUUGCAGUUGUUAAAAAGUGGUGAAAUUUUCAGGGUGAGACAAGAAAAGGGACUUGUGAAACCCUACGUGAUUUUGCAUUCAGGGGCUGGAUCAAAUUGGGAAAUGUUUGAUAAGGAUUUUAAAACCUUUCGGAGACUUCCUAAAGUUCCUUCUUCUGACUAUUGCUUUUUCCACAGCGAUAAGGAAACAAUAUGUGUGGGUACCCAUCUAAUUGUCAUUGGAAGAGCAAUAGAGGGAAUUGUGGUGUUUCGCUACGAGUUAGAGAAUCACAAGUGGUUCAAAGGUCCUUCAAUGAUCACACCGAGGGUCAUGUACGGUUCUGCUAGCCAUGGAAAAACCGCAUUCUUUGCAGGAGGCAUUCAAAAGGAUGACAAUGGGAACCCUAUUGUUGUGCGAACUGUAGAAAAGUAUAAUGCUGAUGCACAAAGUUGGACUAUAAUUAAUGGAAUGCAUAAAGCAAGGAAGUUCAGCUCAGGAUGUUUCUUGCGUGGAAAAUUUUAUGUCCUUGGUGGCCGAGAUGAGAAUGAUAAACACCUCACUUGUGGAGAAAGUUAUGAUGAGACCACAAAGUUUUGGGAGUUGAUACCUGACAUGUUAAAAGACAUGACAUUCCUUACGCCUUCCCAAUCUCCGCCUCUUAUAGCUGUGGUUGAUGACAAUCUAUACAUGUUGGAGACAUCUUUGAACGAGCUUCGCGUAUAUGAUAUAAACACAAAUAUUUGGAAGAAACUUGGUGUUGUCCCUGUGAGCGCAAACACUACCUUUGGUUGGGGGACUGCGUUUAAAUCGAUGAGAGAUAGACUUCUGGUUGUUGGAACUUCUAACUCUUGGCAUAUGAAAGCAGUAGUCUACUCAUGCCGUCCUUCUCCAGACGUGGAAGAGCAGCAUUGGGAAGAAUUAAAAUAUUGGUGCAGUGGUGCUGAGCUCUCACAGUUUAUUCAUAACUGCUGUGUGAUGUUUGCUUAAAGUUGUUUCCGAGGCAAACUUGUUUCUUAUAUGUGCUUUCAAUAAUUUUGUGGCUAUUUGGACGCCCGAAACAAUUAAAAUUGUGGUUUUAUGUUGUUUUUGUUUUCUGAAUUAUAGUUUUGCAUUUGGGAUACAAAUGUUGUUCUUUUCGUUUAUUUUAAGUGCAUAUGUUUGUGCAAAAAAACAUGGGGAAAUUACAUGUUUACCACUUUCAUGGUACCACUUUUCAUUUUUACCACCACAAAGGAGACGUUUUCAAAAAUACAUUCUUCAUUAAGUGGCAAAAGACUCUUAUGCCUUUGUAAUUUAUAUAUAUAAUAAAU